CUUAUUUUUAUCGAAGUAUUUAAGUAGCGGAUUGUAUCUAUUCUCAAGUGCUUAUGUGCUGUGGGAGUCAACAGAUGUUGGUGCCUGUUCUUGCAUUUUCAGUUUUGCAUGUUUUUCCAUAAAUGCAGUAUUCACUUCAGAAAGAGGUAUAGCAGGGAUCCUCUAUUCAAGUAUUUAUAUGGUGACCCUAUCAUCUAAUAUCUGAAUCUGCCCCAGAAAUCUAAGAAUAGAGACUAGUUUAGAGUUUUUGUUGCUCCUGUUAGCAGGUUUUUAAGAUCAGUCUUCUAUGAAUGAGUGACACAUCUUUAGCAAACAUGAAGGAUUCCUGGACAGAGACAGGGUUAAGGUGCAGUACAAGGCAGAGAAUAGAUCACAUUUAAAGUUAAAAAUAUUGAAUGUAAUCCUUCCAAACUGUUUUUUUAUCUAAAACAUUUUGCAGUCCUAAUGCCUGCUCUGUUUUGAAAGGGAGUUUUGUGGGGUUAUUGUCUCAUCUCAGUCAACAGUUUGUGCUUCAGACAUAAUGUAGUCUGUCACUAAAGAAUGUUCUCAGAUUGCUUAAAGCAUCACCAGCAAAAGUAUUGGUAAAAACAGGUCCAGUAUAAAAGCAACAGCAGGACAAGGUUCAGUGUUAAGGGCACACUGAGGAAAAGCAAAUGAAAACCCAAACUCAAUCAAUCCAGUCCAAAAUGAACUAAAAACUAUGCUACAUAACUUAAAACUGAAGUUAAAUGAUUUAGCAAAGGAUUAAUGUAGGACUUACUAUACCACAACAGUAACUUACUUACAGACCUCACUUACAAAUCUAAAGUACUUAGAGAAUCUAGGAGAGCAGCAUUUCUUGUGCACUUGGUACAGAAUAUGCAUACUUGCAUGCACACAGACACAAAGAGCCUGUACAAGGUGAAAAAUUCCCCUCAAAAAUAGUGAAAUACAAAUUUCAGAUGCCUUUGUGAAGGGUGAGCCUCAAGGACUCAGGGGUAUCACUGUUCAGGGAUCCUCAGAGUACAGGAAACUUGGGAGUUCCCUGGCUCUGAGAGGUCCCACUCACAAGAGCUUUGCUGGUCACAGCUGCUGCUUCAGGAGAGCUCAGAGGGUCUCACUCUGGAGCACUGUGUGUAGGGCUGCAAGAGAGGGGCUUUGGUCAUAACAAUGUUCCAUCCUGGCCACACAUUGGGUUGGAAACCUUCUUUGACAGUGUGAAAAGAUAACAUAUUAUCACACUUGGAUUCUUAUUCAGGCAAAAAAGUGUCCAGGGCUGUUCAUUAAAAUACAGGAGCUCCUUAGAUAUCACAGGUUCCUGGGAGCAGACAGUGUUUUUACUGGUAAGUCAAAAGAAGGUCAGUCUGGGUGCUGUUCCUAAGGAGCAUUUCUCAGAUCACAUCAGGAGACGGAUUUGAUGCACUAUUGUCGAACAAACUUAUAAACAUCCAUUUUUGCCUAAGUUGCACCAUGAAUGAAGGAUUCAGCUCAAGAAGAGGUGGGCUGUGAAUUAGUUGUCCAGCUAUCUUCUUAUCCAGAUGCCUUUGGGUUUAGUGUCUCAAACAGUUGAAAAUAAAAAUUAGUUGCCUUGGGAGUUUCUUACACCUACUGGCAGCUAAUAUUUUUUUCACAGGAGUCCUUCAAAAUCUUCUGGUAUCAGUUGUUGGUGGUAUUAUUUUCCCUCUUGACUGUUGUCUUCUGCUGGAGGAGAGGUGUUUCUGAUGGGGAAAAUGAGAAACACCUGUCUCUCAUGUGGGCAAGAAUCCAGACACAUUGUACAACCCAGCACACCUGCAAGCCUUCCACAUAAUGGCAGUUGCUGACACGCGGUGUUUAGUUUUCAAGUUUUAAAACCUCUUGGUACUAGCCAGCAUCUCAAACACCAGUUUCUGUGGAAAUUCUACAUUGAAGAAUGGCGUUUUUGCUAUUAUUUCCUUUACUACUUCAUUCUGUAGUUGUGUGAAAUUUUUUAUUUAAGCAUUUUUUUAGGAAAAAAAUUAUUUUAUAUCUUCUGCAUUCCUAUGGCAGCUGUACUUAAUUACUGAGUGUUGGUGUCUUCAAAAUGAAAAAUUUUAAAGAUCAGUGAAGGUACACUGUAUAUGAUUUCUCACAACCAAGAACUAUGUACUAAGCCAACAAUAUCAGUUGCAACUGCAAUAUCUUUCUUGUGUGUAAGUUAAAUGUUAAAAUUAAAUCUGAGCUUUCCCCUUUGUUUAUGACUUUCUGAUUAUAUGCUUAUGGCAUGUAUUUUUAUAGUAUCAAAACUCUUUCAGAACCCAAAGUAGAACAAGUAGAGUGGUUUAAAAUAGAUUUAAUCACACUUCCCAUCCCUACCCAUCGGUCAGAAAAAAAACACAUCUAAAAAUCCAGUCAGAUGUCAAAAUGGGUGCUCUGUUCAUACUGAAAUAAAAUUACUCACUUGAGAGUCAACUAACUCAUAGCUAGAUUCUUACUGUUAAGAACAGUAAAAGUGAAGAGUUUAAGGGGAAAGUUUAGGCUGCAAUGAACUGCAUUCUUAUCUCACUAGUGGUCCUGGGAUUUAGUCAUACUGUAUCAGAGAACAUAGAGAAUCUAAUCUUAGAUUCUAGAGAAUUUAAUCUCUUCAGGCUGUUCUGGGAAUUGAAUUUUGCUUAGAAUACUUUCUUUGUCUGCCAAGGCAGAGAUUUUUAUUUGAACUUGAUAUAUAAGUAUCAAAAGAUGGAGAAGAAUUUAUUUGUUCUUACAACAGAUCAAAGAGUUUUCUUUUCGUUCUAGCCUAAGGAAACAAUGAAGGUGGAGUCAGACUGAGCUAGUCCAACUGAAGAAAUACAAAGAGCCUAAGACAAGUCUCCUUCAGCUUAAGUGGAAGCUGAGGCAGUAAGAUAGAACUCUGAUUAUUUAUGACUAGGUUAUGAUGCUCAACAAGUACUUGAUAUUAAGACAGCCUUGAAAAAAAGAAAAACCUUGUUCUUUUUUCUUCCUGUACACAGAACUGGAAGAAAGAAUUAGCACAUGAAAAUUUCUAUAUAGCUAUCUCUCCAGUAAUUACAAGAUAACACCAUAUGCUUACCUCCCUUUGCCCUUUUUUCUGUGCCUGGUAUACCAGCUCUUGCACACAGACUGACAAAUCUUGAAACUUAAGAGAUUUGUUUGCCACCUUUUUUUUGCAUUGUUUGGGUUUCUUGUCAGGCCAAGCUUCUCACAAGACAUCUGGGUUUUUUUGUUUUUUUUUUUUUUAAGCAAGAAUGAUGUCCUCCAUCAGCUCAGGAGCCAAAAUUUAAGAACACCAUCCUAGUAAACCUGAAAAAAUCUCAGAUUUGCCUACAUCAAUAGGAUUGGUUCUUAUGUUUUUCUUCCCUUUUUUUUUAAAUACUAUAAUACUAUUGUUCUAUAUAAAAAUACUAUUGUAUUUUUUAAAAUACUAUAAUAUUAUAGUUCUUAUCCUGCCUUGAAUGUAAACACAUAUACAUACACAUAUAUCUAUGCACAGAAGAUAUAAAAGUACUUGAAAUAAACAACUGCUUUGGCACCACUCCUUUGGAGGAUAGUUCUUGGUUUUGAUCCUACGUCAUUUUUACGUGGAGGCAAGGGUCUGGUUCAUUAGUUGAGAAUUGUAGGCUCUUUAGUGCACAUUGGCCUAGUAUCUGCCAUAGUGAAUGGGUAAGCUUACUGCUAGCUUAGUACACGUAAAAUUUGCAAUACCUAGUCUGUGGAGUUGCAUUUUUUUAUGUUUUAUUACAUUUUCAUCCUGUAAUCAUUUGUUCCUGUAUACCCCCACAUUGUAUUGAGUUUUCCUGCCUUCCCUCAUUUGUCAGUCUCCCCAGAAAGUACUUGGUCAUUCCCCUGUCCCCUCCCAGCUGCCUUGUCCAUCACUCGGUGUCCUGUCCCCUACAUCUAGAAGCUUCCAUCCUGGGCACUGAGUGAUUGGAUUAGGGCCUGGGGCCCCUCCUCUGUCUAUCCCUCACUGGUUCCUUUAUAUGUCAAUCCCCACAAGAGCCACUCCCUAAUGUCUCCCCAUUGACUGGUCAGUUCCCCUCCCUCCCCGUAUAUAACUUGUUGCAAGCACCUCUCGGGUGCUCUCGUUGGCUGGCUUUGUUCAUGUGCUGUUGGACCCUUCUGGGUCACAAUAAACCUCAGAAUUAGCCCCCAACAAGUGCCUCUCCUUCUUCCUUUGCCAUUGGGAUCUGCGGCGACCUCAGGACCCACAGAAGCACUUCCCAAAGCCCAUCUGGGUCCAGCGGGGAGUGCUUCCUGCUGCCCUACUCACCCCAUUGGAGAGCUAGCCAGGGCUGAGGAAUUUGGGACAGUGAUUCGGGGUGAGGACGCGGCAGUUUGGCACCCAAUGUGGGGCCAGAAGACCACCUGACCCCACGGCAGAGGAUCCUCGAAGUCCCGGAGACUUGUGGAUAUAUCUUUGUGGCCGUCAAACCACCCCAGUGGGAACAGACCCACGUUUUAGUGGGUGGCGCUCCUGGGGACGGGACCGACAGCUCCAGCCAGCACCUUCAGAGUCAGUCCUCCCUUCAGCAUGUCAACAGCUGGGAUUUUUCAUUUCCACCAGGACGUGACCGGACCCUCUCCAGGGGUGAGUGAGGGGGUCUUUGGGGCUUGAACUCCUGUCCUUUUGAAGGGUUUUCCUUUUCUGCCCAGGGUAGGGGGGAGGGAUUCCUUUUUUGGGUGGGCUUUUCUUUUUCCAUGGUUGUAGGGGAAAGACUCCACAUUCUUUUGGUAUAACUCCCAUUUCCCGGGUGCAGGGAGAUUGAAGAGCAGGUAGUUUAAGUCGUUCGGGGUGGCCUUUUUUUUUUGUUGUAAUUUCCUCAGUUGUUGACUUGUGGCACACUUAACAUCAGUCAGUAUGGGUGCAAAACUGACAGUGCCACAAAGGAGAAUUUACUCGCAAGUUGUGGGUAUCCCGGUGGGGGGUAAUAAAAAGUUUAAAAAAUCUGAUGUUAAGAGGUUUGUCCGGUGGUUGUCGCAGAGCUUCCCAGAUGUUUUGGCCACCAAAUUAUACCAAGUCCUCUUUUGGGACCAAGUUGGAAGGGAGAUCCUAAAACAAGGGAAUCCUUCCCUUUCCAAAUUUACUUAUUUGGCAUUACAAAUUAGAGAUAUUGUUAAAAAUAAUUAUGCAGCUCUGCCACAGCCAUCAGUUGACAAACCCAAGCCCCAGUUCAAAAAAUCCUACCCCUCUUUCCUCUCCCUCUUUCCAAAAACCGGGGAUUCUUAGACGGGCAUCCCGGCAGUGCCCGCAGGCAGAUUCUGGCCCCUCUGAGAAUCCUCGGGACCCCUUCCAGGGCAGUGCUUACACUGCUCUGGACUCUUCCCGUACCCCUAUUUCCCCGCAAUGUACAGCCCCGUCCCGUAGGAAUUCUGUAAAUUUCAGCUUCCCUAAUCCCACUCCAAAUCCCUCAUCCCACACCCCACAAAAUGGCUUCCCUUCUACCCACUCCCCAGGGGCACAAGAUGGCAGGGACCGCAUGGCUUUUCCCACCACUUGUGCUCCUUCUUCCCACAAUCCCUUUCACUCCUCUUCCCUAAACCCUUUCCUCUCGACAGCCAACCCCUUCCACUCCCAAGACUUUCCCGCCCAUUCCUUUCCUCCACCCACCUCUGUUAGGUCAUCUAAUGAAUUAUUUGACACCUUGUCCCCCAGUUCUGCCUCUGGGGGGAGCUUUCCACCAGCCACUCCCCCUGGCCCUGACUCAGCCCCUUCCGCCUCCUCCCUCAGUUCCUACGACCUCACUUCCAGUUCCCACAGUUUGAGUUCCGGGGUGGGGGAGGAGUGUGGGAACUGCAGCCUGUCCCAUUCCCUGCCUGCCUUCUCUGCUGCACCAGUCACCUUCACCCCACAGCGGGGAGGCAGGCCCCUAGCACAGUGGUCCCCCAUCCCCCAGCAAACCAUUAAGGAUCUCUGCAAGGCCCAAAAAGAGUUCGGCAGGGAAAGUGAAUUCUUUAGAGGCAUGUUAAAGGCAACGCUCGCUUCCUCUGAGUAUGUUCCUGCCGACAUGCGGACUCUCUUUUUGUGUUUAAUCACUCAAGAUGAGUUUUUAAUUUGGGAGUCUGCAUGGAAGCGGGAAAUUAGGGAAGUGCUGCCAGACCUCUGGGCCGUUGCAGAGACAUCCACAGACAUCAAUGGGGCAAUGUUAUCAGUGGACCAUAUGUGCAGGGUAGGGGAUUGGGAAUUUGGCCCAAAGCAGGCAGAAAAAAUCCCCAGGGAGGCAUUACAAUCAAGCAUGAAGGCGGCGGAGAAGGCCUUUUUCAAACUGAGCCCUAGCAGCCCAAUCACUGACUACUUGUUUAUGAAGCAGGAGCCGCUGGAGUAUUUUAUAAAUUUUGUAGAUUGCUUGUGUCGAGCAAUUGAAGUGCAGGUUCUGGACGAGAGCCUUCAUCACUGAAGUCGCAAAGCAAAAUGCCAACAAAGCAUGCAAGCAAGCCAUUCUGAGCCUCCCCCUAGAUCCGGAGCCCACACUGCAGAACAUGCUCAACAUCUGCGCAAGGAAGGUGACCAUCCCAUCCAAAGACUCCCAGGGAACUCCCCGAGUGUCAUUGAGGAGAGUCUCAUUUGCAGAAGCCAUCACCCCGUCAUCCACUCCUGCUGCAGAGCGCCGCUUUCCAGGGACGCCUCCAAAAGGAAAUCCUGCGGACAGACCUUGUCAUCUCUGCAAGCAAAGAGGCCAUUGGGCUCCACAAUGCCCAUUGAGAGAGGAUUUCUUAAAAUAUAGACAACAGCAAGGGUGAGGCACCCCCAACCCGGGGGGAAAUCAAAAAAACUAAUAGACAAGCGCAGGGUCCCCCUGCGCGCUGAAACAAACAUGGUGGGACAAUUAACAUCAGAGCAGGGGGGGACAGGGCUUCAGCACCCACCUGAGGACCAAUACUUAACUAGCAGAAGUGACACUCUAUCGAAACUGACUACAUCUGACGAACCAGCCUAUAUGGGGGAGGAUGUUAGUUUCAUCUCAAAGGCCUGGGUUGGUUGGGACCUUCCCAGGCCCAUUCUUAACACCCAGUCUAAUUUCUCUCCCUAUAGGUUGGCCCUGAUUGAGCCUUUGCAUCUAAAGGACACUGAUUGGCAUUUCAUCACUGUGGACACCGAAGACCUCAGAACCUGGAGGAACAUCCACAUUGUUUUUCAGACCCUGUCCUCGUUCAGAUCCAGUCCAAGAUGUCACCUGCUCUGAGCCUCAUCCUUCUUCUCACAAUAAUCGGUGUAUGACCCCUGCGAGCGUGGAUCAUUCCUCAGCCUCAGGCCAACGUGUGGACCACUUUGGCCAAGUCUUUAAAUCAAGAUCAUUUAUGUUUGUCUACCUCCUCAGCUUCCAACCCCCUCCUGUCCUGCCUCAUGGGGAUCCCAUAUCUCUUAAAUGAGUUUCCUUUUACUUUUCCCAAAAAUGUCUCUGCCCCUUGAGAAAAGACCCGCUUCUUCAUCGUCCAUGUUGUUAAACAACCAGAUGCGUGGAGGAAGUGGGUCAAAGCAUUCCUAGUCAUGGAAAAGAACCCCAAAGAAUUAGAAUUACUUGGUUGCUCCCUUGCCUACACUUGUAUUCAUUUUGUUGUUUCCUCCAACCCCCUUGCCCAACUGCGUACCAAAAUAAAGCAAUCAAUCCCUGAAUAUACAGCUAAGGAAUGGUGUAAAAGAGUGCUUCAAAUCCCUGGCUUCUCCAUCUCUGAUAACAAACCCCAUGCAUUACCCAAGGGCACAUUCCUUAUCUGUGGUAAUCGGGCUUGGGCAGGCACCCCCCUCACCUGGUCGGAGGUCCUUGUACAUUCGGGCAGUUGAGCUUCUUUACCCUAAAUAAACCCCAAAUUUCUCAUUGGAGGGAUCUAAAUCAGAUAGGGCAAUUGGCGCGUCAAAAAAGAGACACUAGUAUUACAGAAUGGGACUCAAAUUGCAAAGAUGAAGUUGUUCAUUGGUCAACUAUGAAAAGCACAUCCCUCCCCUUUUUUUAAUGUGGGUGGCAAUUGCGCAGAGCAUUGGGGAAUUGGCUCACUUCAAAUGUCGGGUGGCUAAACAAGCAAAUCUUACUUCAUCUGUCCUAGCCGACCUCCUAGCACAUGAGGAAACAACGAGGCAGGCAACCCUCCAAAACCGUGCCGCAACUGAUUUUCUCUUACUUUUACAUAAUCACAAAUGUGAGGAAUUUGCCGGAUUAUGUUGUAGGAAUUUGAGUUCUAAGACUGAGGACGUCCGCGCUACAAUAUCCAAAAUGCAAGAUAUGAUCCAUAACCUUAAAAAAGACUCAUCAGACUGUCUGGGGUCAAUCUUCCAAGGAGUGGACUCUCUGGUUGGAUCCAAUCCAUCAUUCGGACAGGACUUGUUCUUCCGUUAGCCCUUGUUGUUUUCAUUAUUGGUUUUAGUAUUGUAAAAAAAUUAAUUUUAAAGGCAAUCAACUCCACAAUUAACAUCAAUCAGGGCACAUUGGCCUCACCAUCAAAGAAGGAACCCCUCAACCAAGCAGAACACCAGGAACAAGACAUCUGGUUCCAAGAUGAGCCAAUGGACAGUGAUUCCCCCAUUUAAAAUUCAUUUCGCUCCCUCUUUCUUUCUUUUUAAACAAAAAAGGGGGAGAUGUGGAGUUGCGUUUUUUUUUAUGUUUUAUUGCAUUUUCAUCCUGUAAUCAUUUGUUCCUGUAUACCCCCACAUUGUAUUGGUUUCUCCCUGAGUUUUCCUGCCUUCCCUAAUGUGUCAGUCUCCCCAGAAAGUACUUAGUCAUUCCCCUGUCCCCUCCCAGCUGCCUUGUCUGUCACUCGGUGUCCUGUCCCCUACAUCUAGAAGCUUCCAUCCUGGGUGCCGAGUGAUUGGAUUAGGGCCUAGGGCCCCUUCCCUGUCUAUCCCUCACUGGUUCCCUUAUAUGUCAAUCCCCACAAGAACCACUCCCUAAUGUCUCCCCAUUGGCUGGUCCUCCCUGUAUAUAACUUGUGGCAAGCACCUCUCGGGUGCUCUCGUUGGCUGGCUUUGUUCAUGUGCUGUUGGACCCUUCUGGGUCACAAUAAACCUCAGAAUUAGCCCCCAA